GUCGCUCCGCGUCGCGAAGGUCCAGUCGCUCGGGCACGGGCGUCGUCGAAACUUCGCGCCGCCGCGGAGAGGUGGCCUCACGCCAUCGCCGCGCCGCACGUCGGACGCGCGGCGCCUCCGAGCUGCGUCGAGGCCCGUCGCGGCCGCGGCCGUCGCUCCGCGUCGCGAAGGUCCAGUCGCUCGGGCACGGGCGUCGUCGAAACUUCGCGCCGCCGCGGAGAGGUGGCCUCACGCCAUCGCCGCGCCGCACGUCGGACGCGCGGCGCCUCCGAGCUGCGUCGAGGCCCGUCGCGGCCGUGGCCGUCGCUCCGCGUCGCGAAGGUCCAGUCGCUCGGGCACGGGCGUCGUCGAAACUUCGCGCCGCCGCGGAGAGGUGGCCUCACGCCAUCGCCGCGCCGCACGUCGGACGCGCGGCGCCUCCGAGCUGCGUCGAGGCCCGUCGCGGCCGUGGCCGUCGCUCCGCGUCGCGAAGGUCCAGUCGCUCGGGCACGGGCGUCACCGCGCCUCCGAGACCCCGCGGAACCGUGGGGCCACGCAUCGACGCACCGCACGUCGGCGACCGCGGCGCUUCGAGUACUCUUAACGCACCCACGACGCAUCGUGUCGGUCCAGAUGGCCUCAAAAUCGAAAAAUAAACCACCCACUUCAUUGUGAGAUGGACACGAGUCGCGUCGAUGGCGUGAAGGCAUUCUACACUUCUGAAGGACGCCGGUAGCGCAC